AGAGGGCGGUGGAGAGAUGCUAAGGAGCAGGAGGUGCAAGUGAUGGAGACAAGGGUGCUUGGGGAGGAGCAUCCAGACACGCUAACCAGCAUGCAUGAGUAUCUAGACGCACUGGCCAGCAUGGCUAACUUGGAGUGCAUGUUCAAGUGCCAAAGUUACAAUAGCGAGGCUAUUGCAUUAAUAGAGGAAUGUCUCCAGUUGCGGAAGCAAGUCCUUGGCUGCCAGCAUCCGUACACAGCAUUUUCGCUU